CUACUGGUCCAUACUGGGCUCCUCCCCAGUGCCGUUACCCAGGAAGGAAGCGGGGGAGGGGCGCUGGGCAAGAUGGCGGCCGGCGUCCUCGUCACCGCCGCCUUAAUGAGCGCGCUGCCCCACGGCGCGGCCUUCUCGCUCGUCUCUGCCCCACAUCGCGUUCUGACCCACAGCAGUUACAGCUUCGGGUACCGCCUCCUCCAGCUCGACCGCGGCCGCCCCCUAAGUGCCCUCAGGCUGUUGGUUGGGGCCCCGUUGGGCGCUGUGGGGCAGCGACUGCUCCUGUGCCGAGUGGAGAGCGGAGAGUGCGGAGCACUCACACUCAGAGGGAAUGACUCCCAUUUGGGAAUGGCCUUCGCGCGACACCGCGACGGCGCCAUCGUGUGCGGCCCAGGGCUCACCCGGCACUGCGACCGCAACGCCCACAGCAGCGGCGUCUGCGUCGUCCUCGACGGCGAACUGCGACCCCUGGAGACGCGAGCGCCCGGAUACCAAGGUUGCCUUCAGGGUAUGGUGGAUUUGGUCUUCCUCUUCGAUGGUUCCAACAGUAUGAACGACGCCCAAUUCGGGGCCAUUUGGGCCUUCAUGGUGGACGUCAUGGAGAAGUUGGCCAACACCUCCAUCCACUUCGCGGCGGUGCAGUUCUCCACGGGGGUUCUGCCCCACUUCUCUCUCGGGGACUUUGCGGCGCGGCCGCAGCCUCGGCAGCUCCUGGGGGCCCCGCGGCAGCUCCGCGGCCUCACCGACACCUUCGCCGCCAUCGCCUACGUCACGGACAACAUCUUCCGGGUGGACCGUGGGGCUCGUCCGGGCGCGCGGAAGGUCCUCAUCCUCAUCACCGACGGCGACGCCACCGACAGCGACGGCGACAGCGUCCGACGGGCCGAGGAGCUUGGAAUCACCCGCUACGUCAUCGGGGUGGGCAACAACUUCAACAGCCCCGACACGCGCCUCUACCUGAGCCAAUUCGCCUCCAGCCCCAACUCGGAGUUCGUGAAGGUCUUGGAGAGCUUCGAGAAACUCCAGAACCUUUUCCAUGAGCUUCAGGCGAAGAUCUACGCCAUCGAAGGCACCAGCGAUUCCAACCGCUUCCACCUGGAGCUCUGCUCCAGCGGGAUGAGCGUCGGAGUGGUCCACGACCAUUGGAUCACCGGAGCGGUGGGCGCUGAUAACUGGGCCGGAGGGUUGGUGGAGCUCCUGGUGGACAAUGAGACCUUCGUGGCCAAUCCGGCGUUGGAGGAGAACAUCACCGAUGCGUAUCUGGGUUACUCGCUGGUGGCUCUCCACCCUCCGCAGAGGACGGUGGUGGCCGCGGGCGCUCCGCGUCACCUCCACGUGGGCGCCGUUGUCCUCUUCGAGCUCCACCGUCCCACCGGAAAAUGGCGGCAUCUCCAGAGCCUCCACGGCCACCAGGUGGGGUCCUACUUUGGGGCCUCUCUGUGCGCGUUGGAGGAGGAGAAGGAGGAGAUGGUGGCGCUUCUGGUGGGGGUUCCUCAGCACUACGAUGGGAGGAGAGGAGGACGCGUCCUCCUCCAUCGGUGGGAGAAGGACUCCCUGGUGGUAUCUCAGGAGCUUUGGGGCGCUCCGGGUCAGCCCUUGGGUCAAUUUGGGGCCUCGGUGGCGACGUUGGGGGACAUCGAUGGAGACGAUCGUCGCGACGUGGCCGUAGGAGCUCCUCUGGAGGACAACGGGAGCGGAGCCGUCUACAUCUUCUCAGGGACCACUGGAGGGGUGGAGGACAUCUACAGUCAGCGUUUGGCCGGAAGGGACAUCGCUGUGGGUCUGAAGUACUUUGGACAAUCGGUGGAUGGAGAGAAGGACCUCACGGGGGACGGAAUGGUGGAUGUGACAGUGGGGACGUGGGGGAACGUCAUUGUCCUCAGGUCCCGCCCCGUUCUCCGCCCCUCCCCCUCCCUCUCGGCGUUUCCGGCGGCCGUUCCAUCACGUGACGUGGACUGCGGGGGAGGGGCGGGGGCGCUCCUCUCGCUCCGCCUCUGCCCUCGGCCCCGCCCCCCGCCGGGUGUGGCCCCUCCCCCCCUGCGGUUCCGGGUGGUUUUGGAGCCGCAGCGGCUGAGGGGGAGGGGCGGUCUGGGGGCGGAGCUGAGGAGGGAGUGGGCGGGGCUGACGCAGGGGGCGGGGACCGAGUGCCUGGAGGAGGAGCUGCGGCUGCCGCCGUGCCUGGAGGACACCAUCAGCCCCAUCCGUUUGGAGGCUUCGCUGUCGCUGCCCCACAGCGCCGACGCCGUCCUCAGACCCACGAGGCCACGAGUGACCCUCGAGAUCCCGUUCGAGCGCCGCUGUGGGGCGGGCGGCGCGUGCCGGGCCGAUGUGGGGCUGGAGGCGGUGGCCGUGGGGCGCGGGAUACUUGUGGGGCGCCCCACGGCCACUUAUGGGGCGCGACUGCUGCUGAGGAACGGCGGCCACGACGCCUAUGGGGCUGCCCUACAAGUGUGGGGCGCAGAGGGGCUGGCGCUGCGCGGGGCCAAGGCCCACACGGGGGCGGCGGUGGUGCCGAUGGCGUGUGGGGCAGCGGCCGCUGUGGGGCAGAUGUGGGGCAGAGUCUGCGGCCUCGGGAGCCCCAUCCUGCGCUCCGGGGCACAGGUGAUGGUGGAACUGACAUUUGACAUUCUGGACAACGCGACGUGGGGCGAAUCUGUGGGGCUGAGAGCGGCCGUCACCUGUGAUAACGAAGCCGUUGGGGCUGAGGGCGAUAACGCCGUUUCCUGGGAGGAACCGCUCAGGGUUCAUCUGCGCCUCUUCACCGCCCGAGCCGCUGUGGUUCCCCCAAACCUCAACUUCAGCUCUCGGAACCCCCAAAGUAAAACCCUUCAGCACCGCUAUAGGGUGCAGUGUGGGGCUCUGCCCCACGGCGUCCGCCCCCCAUUGCUGCGGGCGGCGGUGCUGCUGCCCCACACUCUGCCCCACAGCGUCCACAGCGUCGACCCCCAAGUGCGAAUGGAGCCCGGCGGGGUCUGCGACGCCGUGGGGCACAGCGGCCUCCGGGCCGCUAUGGGGCAGGAGCUCAACUGGAGCCUUCCUGAGGGCUGCCCCUCCCCCCUCCAUUUCCGCCUCUUCCGGUGCGGCCCUUCGCCCCUCCCCCCCCCGGAAGUGACGACCUUCGUCGUGGUGGAAACGGCGCUGCGCCCCUCCCCCACCCCGCAGGGCUCCGCCCACUUCCGGUUCUGCUCCGCCCUCCGCCUCUUUCUGGAUCCGCCCAACUUCCUCGCCGACCCGGAAGCGCUGGAAGCGCAGGCGCAGACGGAAGUGGAGCUGCUGUGGAGCCCCUCCCCCAUCGCCGUCUACGUGGGGGGAGGGGCGGGAGGGCUCCUCCUCCUCUUCCUCCUCUCCUUCGGCCUCAGAAAGUGCGGUUUCUUCCGUCGCGAUUAUCGUCGGCGCCUCCGGGGGGGGGAGGGGCGCGAGGGGGACCCCCAAAGUGACCCCCUGAGGGGGACCCCCCCCCACAGCCCCUCCCCCACAGCCCCCCAGUAAGCGGGGGAUAUGCUA